AAAUCACCCACUACCUUACCAACCAUUUCUCCAGCAUCCUCCCCUGCUCGCACAAGCCGUUCCCAAUCUCCAUUCUUUUCCAUUGACUCACCUCCAUCCAAUCUUAACAACCAUAUGUUAGCCUUUGCCUCAUCUUCUCCCCUUCAACCAAUAGACCCACCCAGCCGAACUCAUCCCAUGGUCACUCGUUCUCAAAAUCAAAAUUUUAAACCAAAGCAACUCUACCUUGCUGAAAUUCCAUGUUCUGAAGUUGAGCCCACAUGUGUGAGUCAAGCAUUGAAAGAUCAUCAGUGGAGGCAGGCCAUGUCUGAGGAAUUCAAUGCUUUGGUAAGUCAAGGUACAUGGGAUCUUGUUCCUCUUGCACCUAACCAAAAUGUUAUUGGUUGUAAGUGGGUUUUCAAGUUGAAAAGAGGCAAGGAUGGACGAGUUGAACGUUAUAAAGCUAGACUUGUAGCUAAGGGGUUCCGUCAACAACCAAGGACAGAUUACACUCAAACCUUUAGUCUAGUUAUAAAACUGACAACAAUCCGAGCCAUUCUUUCCAUUGUUGUAAGCAAGGGUUGGAAAAUUCAUCAGUUAGACAUCAACAACGCAUUCCUUCAUGGGAAACUUGAUGAACAAUUAUUUAUGCAACAACCCGUUAGGUUCAUUGAUCCUCAUCUUCCCCACCAUGUUUAUGAUAUACUUAUCACUGGAAGCAAUCUUGCAGCUAUUGACCAUUUGAUCACUGCCAUGAGUUCCAAAUUUUUAGUGAAAAAUCUUGGUGAACUGGAUUUCUUUCUCAUAGUGGAAGCUAUUCAAACUAGUGUUGGCUUAUUUCUUUCCCAACAAUGGUAUAUCCAAGACAUUUUGCAACGAGCGGGCAUGGAAAAUGCCAAAGCAGUAAGCACACCCCUCUCUUCUACAACAUCUCUUCAAAAAUUCUCAGGAUACUUUAAUCUCUACAACUGCUAUGUGAUGUAUCUUGGCUCCAAUCCAGUGUCCUGGAAAGCAACCAAACAACGAGCUGUAGCACGAAGCUCAAUAGAGGCAAAGUACAGAGCACUAGCAGUAGCUAGCUCCGAAAUGGUUUGGAUUCUUGAUCUUCUUCAUGAGCUUGGCAUCCAUCCAUCCACACCCCCUGUGCUUUAUUGUGAUAACAUAGGGGCAACCUAUCUCAGCAACAAUCUAGUCAUGCAUUCUUGCAUGAAACACAUUGCCAUCGACUUGCACUUUGUUCUUCGAUUCUUUGGGGCGAGACAACUAGCCUCGAGCAAGGGAAAACUGAAUGCUCUUCUUCCUAAGGCCCUUGGAACUCCUCGUCGCCUGAAUGAUCGCGCAAUUGCUAAAGAUGGAAGGCUCAUUACUGGCCCACACAGUGCACGUGCCUUGUUUGAUAGAAAUCUUCAAGAGUCUGUUCCUAGUCCUGGGGGAGGACAUUAGUCGCUUUCAGGAGACUGAAAGUUCUGAGUUGCAUGAUAUAUAGUCUACCAUAUGUGUUGCGUUUGUGUUAUUUCAUCUAGUAGUUGCUGUAGAAAAAUAUUAAGAGUAGACAUGGUCUCCUGAUAUUAUGUUGUAUUGCAUUUGCACAUCUAGUUUCAUGCAAACAUCUAUUUAUAACCAAUAAAAACAUCCUACUCAU